CCCUACUGGUUCUAGGAUCUCUCUUCUCUCCGCGAAUUCUCGAUCGAUCUUCUAGCAAUGCCGACGCUUCUCCAGCAAUUGCCAUUCCGAGUGAGGUCGACGAUCAAGCGCGAUGAGGAUGCGAGCGACGCGCCCCCGAUUGGAGAAUCCAUGGCGGAGAACAUCCUGAAGGCGAUGGAGAAGGCCAUGAUCGAAGAGGAGGAGGAAGAGAGGUACGAGCGGUACGGGAAGGAGAAGGAGCAGAAAUUCAAGCUCCACGUCUCCUGGCUCGAGACAUCCGAGAGCCACAUCAUCGCUGUCGAGCUGCCCGGAGUGGAAAAGUCGGGCAUCAAGCUCCAGAAGAUGGGCGAUCAGGCGCUGCAACUCUCGGGCGAGCGCGAGGACGUGCUGCCGCUGCCCAAGGACGACGCCAAAGCCAAGUUCCGCCAGAAGGAGCUCCGCGCAGCCACCUUCUCCCGGGUCUUCAAGUUCUCGUCCAAGGUCAAGGAGAUCAAGGCCACCUUCACAAACGGCAUCCUCACCAUCACCGUCCCCAAGGAGCAGGACACCGUCACGACCAUCGCCAUCCAGUAGAACAAGAACAAAAUCUUAUACAUCUCUCCUUCCCAAUUCUCCUCUAGCUCGAGGCCGGCGCCAUUUUUUUGCGCUGCCGAGAGAGAUCUAGUUCUUUGCUGAUCAAUCAACUCAAUCAAUCGAUUCUAUGUUAGCGUCCAUCUACUCUGGGAUCGAUGGCGAUCG